GGCGGGGCGCGGCCGGGCUGACGCCGGGGCGGCGGCCGCGUCCGUGGUGCCGGCGGGUGGCGGCGCGAUGCUGCAGCUGCGGGACACGGUGGACUCGGCGGGCACAAGCCCCACGGCGCUGCUGGCGGCCGGCGAGGACGCGGGCGCGGGCCGGCCGGGGGCGGGCACGCCGCUGCGCCAGACACUGUGGCCGCUGAGCGUCCACGACCCUACACGGCGCGCCCGCGUCAAGGAGUACUUCGUGUUCCGGCCCGGCACCAUCGAGCAGGCGGUGGAGGAGAUCCGCGCCGUCGUGCGGCCCGUGGAGGACGGCGAGAUCCAGGGGGUGUGGCUGCUGACCGAGGUGGACCACUGGAACAACGAGAAGGAGCGGCUGGUGCUCAUCACCGACCAGUCCCUGCUCAUCUGCAAAUAUGACUUCAUCAGCCUCCAGUGCCAGCAGGUGGUCAGGGUGGCGCUCAGCGCGGUGGACACCAUCUCCUGUGGAGAGUUCCAGUUUCCUCCCAAGUCGCUCAACAAGCGAGAAGGCUUUGGGAUUCGCAUUCAGUGGGACAAGCAGAGCCGGCCCUCUUUCAUCAACAGGUGGAACCCCUGGUCCACUAACAUGCCCUACGCCACCUUCAUAGAGCACCCGAUGGCCGGCAUGGACGAGAAGACUGUGUCUCUGUGCCAUUUGGAAAACUUCAAGGCUCUCCUGAUCCAAGCUGUCAAGAAGGCCCAGAAGGAAAGCCCACUGCCAGGACAGCCAAACGGCGUGCUGGUGCUGGAGCGCCCUCUCCUCAUUGAGACCUACGUGGGGCUGAUGUCCUUCAUUAACAACGAAGCCAAGCUGGGUUACUCCAUGACCAGGGGCAAGAUAGGCUUCUAGACAGCAGUGUCCUCAGGAAAACCAAGGUGGCGGGGACUCGGUGUGCAUCCUCAUGCUACCCACUGUGGUUGGAGAGAACACGAGCAUUGUCCCUUUAGGUGUCUGAUUAGAAUAGUCAAGUGAAUUAUAUAUAUUUAGUUGGAUACUGGACACCUUGGCAACAUGAUAUAUGAAGGCAGACAUACUGGCUGUCCCAUUGCCACUGUGUUCGUUCUAUAACUACACAUAAAUGUUUUCUCCACUGUC